CGCUUUAUGCUUUGGUUAUUCCACGUGGACUUCCUUAUCAGAAAGAACUCCACAAUCCAUUUCCUCUCUUCUUUGAACUCAGACAAAACUAGGCACCAAAUAAUGUUCUGUAAACUAAACUCCUCAAACCCUCCAUUUCUGUGCAAAUUUCAGACAAAAAGUCCAAAGCUUGGACAAAAAAUUGUCACCUGCUCUUCCAACGGUCAAAAGCAUCAACAACUUACAAGUGCAGCCACUGAAACCCAAGUCCUGAAAGCUGAUGCUUACAGUGUUAAGUUCAGGACUCUGGGAGCUUGCAAGCUUGGGAUUUCAAGAUAUCCAGAUUUUGAAUACGACGCCGGAGGUGGAAGAGGAAGUGGGUCUGGUACAAAGGUCACGGAUGGAGAGUUGGAUGAUGAAAUUUCAGUUUCAUUUGACAUUAAAACACUCUAUAUACCUCCAUUGUCGAGUGCAACAACCAGGUUCUUGGGGUUGCCAUUGCCACCAUUUCUGCAGAUUGAGAUCGCCCCAGAACUCUUUCAAGGGAGCAUUGAUAGAGAAUCUGGAAAGAUUGAUCUAGAAUUCAUGGCCAAGUUCUGGUUUUCUGUUGGGACUAUCUAUAGAGCUCCUCCACUGCUGGUGAAGACAGUUUUGACAUCUGAGGAGUCAAAAGGAACGAUAAGAAGUGGAAGAGGAAAGAGAUUAGAUAAAGAUGGGAAGUGCAGAUUAGUUGGGGUGGCAACUGUUGAUCCUAUUGAUGAUUUCCUAAUGAACACCUUCCUUGGCCUCCCUACUGAAUGCCUUGCUAAUCUGAAUGCUGUAAUCUCCCUUUCCAAUUCUUCGUAAGAUUUCAAAACCACAACUUUUACCACUGUCAAAUCUGUUUUCAUGGGUGGCCAAAAUCACUCAUGUGAAUAAGAAAUGAAGCAUUGAUGGUAUACACUUCCCAAAGAGCAAACUAUUUGUUCUUAUUCCUCUUUUGAGUUCAUUAUUUUUUUUCAUUGCUGUACUUAAUAUUGAUAUUGUCUGUGGAACUAUUUUUUUCACUGUUGCAAUUAAGAAGUCAAUGGGGAAUUUCUUUCUUA